CUCAUCAUCAUCAACAAGAUCAACUACCGGUUGCUCGGCUCCAACCUUGUGGGAAAAGCCUAUAAAAAUGCAUACUACCAAGUGCCUUGGAUCAUAGUGUGUUAGGCAACGUAGUGCAUAAUUCGUUGAAAUGUGGUUCUCAGUCAUUACCGGCUUGCUUUUGCUUGCUCCGUCGCUGCUGGCUGAAGAACACUGGUGGCAGCAUGCCAACUUUUAUCAGAUUUAUCCACGAUCGUUCAAAGACAGUGAUGGCGAUGGGGUGGGCGAUUUGCGGGGCAUAAUGGAAAAGGUGCCCUAUCUACGUCGCGAGCUAGGCAUCGAUGCGAUAUGGCUGUCGCCGAUCUUCAAAUCGCCGAUGGCCGACUUCGGCUACGACAUUUCCGAUUUUCGUGAUAUACAUUUCGAAUUUGGGACAAUUGCCGAUUUGGAAGCAUUAGCUGCCACCUGCAAUGCCGAGGGUCUGAAGCUGAUCUUGGAUUUUGUUCCCAACCAUAGCAGCGAUGAGAGCGAUUGGUUCAUAAAGUCCGUGAACAAAGACCCAACCUACAGUGAUUACUACGUUUGGCACCCGGGAAAGACGCUGGCCAAUGGAACGCGUGUGCCUCCCUCGAACUGGGUGAGCGUAUUCCGCGGCCCUGCCUGGGAGUGGAACGACGUCCGGAAGGAGUACUAUCUCCAUCAGUUUCUCGUUAAGCAGCCCGACCUGAACUACCGCAAUCCGGCACUGGUACAAGAAAUGAAAGAUGUGAUAAAAUUCUGGCUGGACAAAGGUGUGCACGGAUUCCGCAUCGAUGCCGUACCGUAUCUCUUUGAGUCUACGCCGGUCAAUGGAAUGUAUCCGGACGAAGAAAAGAGUGGGGAAACCGACGAUCCGGAUAAUCCUUCGUAUUUAGUGCAUACGCUCACGCAAAAUCUGAACGAAACGUUUGAUAUGGUGUACCAAUGGAGGAAGGUUGUCGAUGACUACAAGCAAGAGAAACAAUCCGAAGAUAUAGUGCUGAUGGCAGAAGCGUACACUCCCCUGAUGAACAUUAUUCGUUUAUUUGGAGAUGAAAAUUCGGAAGGAGCGCACGUUCCGUUCAAUUUUGAGGUGCUUAGCAAUACGUUCAAGGAUACGACGGGCAAACAAUUUCACGACAAUAUCAAGCGUUGGCUUGAUGUGGUACCAUCAAAUAGGUUCUCGAAUUGGGUGCUCGGCAAUCAUGACAACAAACGAGUAUCGUCCCGCCUAGGUGUCGCACGUGCAGAUCUAUACCAAAUAGCGUUAAAUGUGCUUCCGGGCAUUGCCGUUACCUACAACGGCGAUGAGCUAGCGAUGGAGGACGUGUUCAUUUCGUGGAAGGAUACUAUUGACCCGGCGGCAUGUAACUCUAAUGCCAAGGACUAUUUGAUGUACAGUCGAGAUCCGGUCCGAACCCCAUUCCAGUGGGAUGAUUCGGUCAGUGCCGGGUUUUCCACUAAUCGCUCCACCUGGCUACCGGUUGCACCGAACUACAAAACUCUCAACUACAAGGCACAGAAAGACGCGCCACGUUCCCAUGUGAAAAUAUUUAAAGCACUCGUUCGUCUGCGCAAGCAGCGAACGUUGCGCGAGGGCACGAUGGAAAUGCAGCUUGUAGGGGAGAACAUAAUCGUAAUCAAGCGACACUUGGACGGCGUGAGCACCAUUGUGGCCGUGCUAAACUUUAACAAAACGACAGAAACCAUCAAGCUAUCGUCCGUCUUUCAAGGGUUGCCAUCCGCGUUCGAGGUGAUUACAUCAUCCAUGCAAACAAACUACAUAGAUGGAACGGUCGUGGGAAGAGAUGAAAUCACCCUGCCCGCUGAUGCAGCAAUUGUUCUGGAAGGAAAUGUUGAGAACGGCAUUUAAUUUUAGCGAAUUUGCGUAUCACGCCAAACCUAAAGCCAUAGAGUUAAAAAAAGAAGAAACAAGUGUCUGGGAAGCUCGUGGUCCCAUGAAUUGAGAGAAAGACAAGUAAAUUACUAUACUAAUAUCACAACUUUGAAAAAGUAUACUUUACAGUUAGGCAAGAAAAAUGAACCUUCUGCAUAAUUUCCAAAUAAAUAUUUCGGGCUAACACGCGGAUUGAGUAAAGCGUGAUUAA